AUGCGUGAGGGAUUCUAUUUCGGAGCUGGGCCCGCAGCUUUGCCUACGGAGGUCGUUAAACAGGCAGCCAAAGAGUUUGUCGAGUACGAGAACCAGGGCGUUGGUCUCGGCGAAAUCUCGCACCGUUCGAAACAAGCCACCCAGAUCAUUGACGAUGCCAAGUCGAAGGUGAUUGAAAUUCUCAAGGUGCCCGAAACCCACGAGGUGCUAUUUAUUCCAGGUGGCGGAACUGGUGGCUUUGCAGCGGUUAUUUACAAUCUCAUGGCUGCCUUUGCUGCCAAGACGGGCAAAAAAGGUAAAGCUGAUUACCUGGUGACCGGCACAUGGAGCGCCAAGGGUGCUGCAGAGGCUAAACGAUUGGGAGUUGAAACGAACAUUGUGUUUGACGGUAAAAAAGACGGCAAAUAUCGGCAUAUUUCUGAUCAGAGUGAGUGGAAGUUUAGCGAUCCAGCGGAGACUGCAUUUGUUUAUUUUUGCGAUAACGAAACCGUCGAUGGUAUCGAGUUCCCGCAAUUGCCACAGGUUCCGGAGGGCACGAACCUCGUGAUGGAUAUGUCCAGUAACAUGUUUUCGCGGGCUGUCGAUGUGUCUAAGCUCGCUGUUUUAUUCGGCGGUGCUCAGAAGAACGUCGGUAUUGCCGGUGUGUCUCUUUACGUUGUGCGCAAAGACCUCCUAAAACAGGCAUCUCCCGCUGAAUUGACUCAACUGGGGGUUCUUAUUGGCCCUAGUGUUUUUGAUUUCACUCUAAUUGCCAAGAACAACUCUGCCUACAACACCGUUUCGAUAUUCGCCGUGCAGGUUAUCAACUUGGUGCUCGGCGACUUGCUUGCCAAAGGUGGUUUAGAUGCUCAAGAGAAAGAGAGUAACGCCAAGGCAGAAAAGAUCUACGCUCUGCUUGACGCACGCCCCGAGCUGUAUCUUACCACAGUUGCAAAGGCUGCCCGCUCGCGCAUGAACAUUGUUUUCAAAUUUAAAGACGCCGACACGGAGGAGCGGUUCUUAAAGGGCGCUGCGGAGCUCCACCUUACUGGCCUCAAGGGACAUCGUUCGGUUGGCGGCAUCCGUGUCUCCAACUACAAUGCUAUUACUCCUGAGGCUAUCGACCGACUCGCUGAGUACAUGUCAAAAUUCAAUUAA